AUGUCCAGCCCGAACUCAUGAGCGCGAUCAGACCAGCUUCCUCACCGGCCGGCAUGCUGCUCGAUUUCUGCAGCGUUCUGUUGGUGGCGUCGGAAGACUGUUAAGCUCGUGUGCAACGAGGGUGGCGAACGAGCGGACGUUCUUGAAGCAGGCGCAGGCGUCUCUGAAGCAAGGCCCCGACGCCCGAACGCGAGAUCACGAACUGCAGGUCCUCCGUCCGAGGGUUAUUGUCAGGCAAACCGCACCCCGCUUUGGUGCCAUUCACUCGCCGCGAUGCCGUGGCAUGCCGCCGACCGCCACCAUUACGAGAUGGCUUCGGACGCGCGCUCGUGGGCGGGAGACACAACGCGCGACGCACGAACGACAAGCCAUACGGUGCGCGGGUGCCGGCGGCGAGGGCCUGCACGUCCAAGGUUUCGGUGACCAGGACGCACCGCGCGUUCGAGGCCCGGGCGAGCCCCCCGCUAUGGCGCCGCACUGGAAGGUUGGUAGGAAGGAAGCGAUCGUGUGCCUGGCCGGUCUGUUGCUUAAUGAAGCCUCGCGUAUCUGCAGUGCGGGCGAGGAUCAGGGUGCACCGGACGACGACCCUGCGGCGAUCGAUUGGGGGUGCUUGCAGAUGCACGCACCCAUUUGCGAUCGCGGCGUGCGCGAGGCUGGACGGUGCGGCUCUUCCAUGAGGUCAUCCGCAUCCGCGCCGCGUCUUCUCGUACAAGUAUUUCUUGGGGGACGCGACGGAGAGCGGCCGCUGAACGAGGGGAUCGAUCACGGAUACGCGCAGGGGGUCGCAGUACGUACUACGCCGCCUGUGGAUGCAGCGGGGCAGACGCACCGUGCGCACGUACGAGCCUCUGCCAGCGCGGUUCUCCCGACCCGUCGGACGCUGUCCGCCUCAACCUGUCUCGCCUGUCAGCCUCGCCUGCCUCCGCUUCUCGACGUCGCCCCCUGCCUUCGCGCCGUUCGACGUCCACGCCCCCUCGCCGCGAGCGGCACGCACGUCCCGCCGCGGUGGCCAAUGAAGCCAUACCGGGCAGCCAUUCACUCCGCAGCGGGCAGGUGGGGCCCCGUUGCGGCGAGAAGGCCGAACGAGGGGAGCGGGGCGCAGGCUUCUGUAUCGCCGCUCUAGAUCCCACUGCUCCCCAUCCCCACGCCCGCGCCCAGGCGCCGAGCGGCACGCGCAGACGCGAUCUUCUCUGCCCCCCCUUCGCGUGCUUCUGCCUCUUCGAUCCACGGGUCCAGCGCCCGCCCCGAUCAGAAUGGCCGGUGCCAGCAUGGCGACCUAUUCGCAGCCGCCAAUCGAGCGCACCGUAUUCGCCACCGACAUGCAGCGAUCGCACGCUGGCUAUUGCUGGGACAGGCGCAGUGUCCGAGCGGACUGUGCAUUGUCCGACCUGCGUCGGUGAACUGCAGACGGGUCCCACCGCAAAGGUUCGCGCGCACCGCCGUCGCUCUAGCAUCAG